AUGCGUUAUUUUAUAUUUUAUCCACCAAGUAAAACACUAAGAUUAAUUGAUGUUAAUGAAAAUGAUCGUGUUGAAGAUAUUCUUGAAUUAAUUAAAAAAGAAUAUGGUCUUAAGUAUCCUGAUCAUGGUUCAUCUGAAACAACAAUUGUUCUUAGUUAUAAUGGUAAUGAUCUUAAAUCAAAAUGGACUUUUGGUGAUUUAAAUAUUUCAUCAGGAUCAAUUAUUCGUUGUAUAUCAAAACAACAAACAGCAGCUGAUCUUUAUAUUCAUUGUGGAUUUAAUAAACAAAUAUUUAAAUUAUUUGAUUCAUCAAUUACAAAUAACACAUCAAUUGGUACAAUAAGAAAAAAAAUUUCAGAUAAAUUAGGUUUACCAUUAAGUACAUUUUGUCUUGAAACAUAUGAUGGUAAAAAAAGUUUAUAUGAUGAAAUGAAAUUAUUUAAUUAUGAUAUUAAAAUUCAUGAUCAUAUGUAUUUAAAAGUAUGGCAAGGAUAUGAAAAAUUUAUAAAUGCUUGUGUCAAAGGUUUUACAGAACAUUAUUCUCAUGAUGAUCUUAUUCGACAUUAUCAAACACAAGUAGCAUUACAUAUUGCUGCUUUUUAUAAUCAUACGGAUUUGGCUAGAUCUGUUAUGGAACAAGGUGCACGAAGUGAUCGUCCUGUAGGUGAACAUCCAUCUCGUCAAUGGUCAUCUGAAACUAGUACUCAAAUAUUACCUGAAAUGCUUAAAUGUCCUAUUCAUGUAGCAAUUGAACGAGGACAUAUUAAAAUGGUUGAUCUUUUUGUUCGUCAAUCAGUUUUAUGUACACAAGUACGAGAUCCUAUAACAAAUCAUGUACCUUUUCAAUUAGCAAAUUCUUAUUUAUUAUCAGCAAAAACUAAAGAAGAAAAACAACGUUAUAAUGAAAUUUAUUUCUAUUUAAAAGACAAACAAUAUAAUUUAAAAAUACCAUUAAAUGCUACUGGUGAAUAUGUUUCAAAUUUAUUAUCAGCGAAAACUACUGCUAAUACAGUUAAUCAAAUGUCAAUAUUUUUUAGAUUUGUUUCAUUACCACUUUAUUGUAAGAUUAUAAGUUGGUAUGAACGUGCACGUGAACGAGCAUGGAAAAAAUAUGGUGGACGUUUUUAUACAACAACACAAACAAAACGUGUUUAUCCUGAAACUGGUUUACUUGGUUAUAAAGUAUUAAUUGACGGUUAUAAUAAUAAAUUUGAGAUACCAAUAGAACAACUUCGAGGUGCACAUUCUACUAAUGCAUCAAAAUCGGAUCAAUUUAUUCGUUAUAUUGGCUUUAGUGAUGAAGAAAGAGAAAAAAUAAUUCAAACGAAAGCACAUAUGAAACAAUUUGCAUUAGAUGAACGACGACGUGCUAAACAAAUAGCUGUUGCACAUCUUCAACAAUCACGUCGACCACCAUUAGUAUUAUCUCAAGCAUCAACAGAUUUAAAAAAACAUCCAAUAGGAACAGAAUACAUUUUAUCAUCAUCAGCAUUUUCUAAUAGUCAAGUACUAUCAACUAUUUCAGGAUUUGAUAUAAAACCAAUGAAAUCAAUUACAGAAAUAGAUAAUUCAUCCGUUACUAGUUUAUUACAAUCAACAGUAGUUAAUCCUAAUCGUUUGGAAACUUCUCAUGAAUCAAAAGAAAAAACUAAAAAAACAUCAAAAAUUCAUCAACGAACCUCAUAUAUAUCAGUUAUUAGUGAAGAGAACAAGCAUACAUUACCGAUGAUCCAUUCUUCAUCAACACACUCGAUCUCAACAAAUAAAUUAGAUGCAGUUGUUAAUGCUAAUAAACAAGUUUUUCAACCAAAAAUGUCAUCAGUUGAUGCUUAUUUAGCAUCAUCAAGUCGUCUUGAUUUAGAAAUUGAACAAAAUAAACCAACUAAGACACAUAAUGAACAAUCAACACAACAACAAUCUAAAGAAUCAAUAAUAACUUCAACGAAUCCACUGAGUAAUUCACUACCUGUCGAUCGUGCUUCAAUGCUCGAUCUUGAUUUCUAUAUACCUUUACCAGAUCAUCCGAAUAGUAUGUCAAUUGGUCCAAUAAAAUCUCAUAUCGAUCUUGACAUUCGUCAAUCAACAAUUAAUUCUUAUGAACGUUAUGCAAGCGCAUCAACACGAUCAACAGCUAUUGAUUGUUUACAAGAAGCAUCUUUUUUUAAAAAAGAACCAUGGAUAAAAAAAGUUGAAAUAUGUAAAGAUAUGGUUAAACAUAAAGUUCAACAACGUAUUCGUCGUGCUAAUGAUAACAUCAAUAAGAAACGAAUAAUGUCACCACUACGUGCUACUGUUUCAAGAUCAUCACAUCAAUCAGAUACAAUUAAAGUUAAUUAA